CGAAAAACAUCUCUUUUUUUUUUAGCGGCAUAACGUAGCUAGCAAAUUAGCUAUCGAAGACAGAUAAAAUAUUGUUCAUUAAAGGUUUAUACAAGGUUACAGUGUGUGUGUGUAUACGUCGCCCGGUUUCAGGUCACUGCACCCACCUCCCAAGAUGUCGUACCCCCCUCACCUGAACCGCCUCCCCCAGUUGCCCCCCGGGAUUUGCCCUCCCCAAUUCGCGGGGUUCCCCCAGGGAGUCCCAGCAGGUACGCCCAUGAUUCCAGUCCACAUGGGGAUUAUGACCUCUGCGCCCGCUGUCAUGGUUCCUACCACAGUGUCUAUGGUCCAGAUGCCUCCUGGCCCUAGGAAGGAUCUGAACCCAGUCCGAGUCAAGGAGAACCAGGAGGGGGGCAGUGGAGACCCUACCACCACCACAGUGUUUGUCGGGAACAUCUCAGAGAAGGCUUCAGACAUGCUGGUCAGACAGCUGUUAGCGAAAUGUGGCCUGGUCCUGAGCUGGAAGAGGGUCCAAGGGGCUUCUGGGAAACUGCAAGGUAAAAACAAAACAGCGUUUGGUUUCUGUGAGUACAAGGAGCCAGAGUCCACCCUGCGUUCCCUUCGUCUGCUACAUGAGCUGUUGCUGGGAGACAAGAAGCUGCUGGUUAAGGUGGAUGCUAAGACCAAGGCCCAGCUUGAAGAAUGGAAGGCUAGGAAGAGGAACGCCAACGGGGGAGCCAAGUCUGAGGACGGGCCCAAGGAAGAAGAGGAUGAGGAAGAGGUUCUUGACGAAGACACAAAGCGUCGUGACCAGAUAGUGAAAGGGGCGAUCGAGGGGUUGAUCCGGGAGUACGGCAGUGAGCUCAACGCACCUUCUCAGGACGGAGACAACCAGCCCCGCAAGAAGAAGAGAGAGAAGAAAGAGGAGGAGGACAUCAAUGUGAUGGACAUGGAAGAUGACAAAAGAGACCUGAUAUCCAGAGAGAUCAGUAAAUUCAGAGACACUCACAAGAAACUGGAGGAGGAGAAGGGAAAAAAAGAGCAGGAACGGCAAGAGAUCGAUAAGGACAGGAGGGAGAGGGACAAAGAGAGGGAGCGAGAGAGGGAGCGCCGGGACCGCGAGAGGGAGAAGGAGAGAGAGAAGGAGAAGGAACGCAACGACAACAACAACAAGGAGAGAGAGCGGGACAGAGACCGGGAUCGAGAACGGAUCGAUCGGGACCGUGAACGGACGAGGGAGAGGGAGAGGGGAGACAGAGGAGAGAGGGAGCGCGUGAAGGAGAGGAGUCGAGAAGUCAGCAUAGACCGCAGUAGAUCCAGAGAACGGAGCCGCGAUGAGAAGAAACACGACCGCGAGGAGGAUCAGGAGGAGGCGUACGAACGCAGGAAACUGGAGAGGAAGAUGAGGGACAAGGAGACUGCCUACCAGGAACGUCUGAAGAACUGGGAGAUGAGAGAGAGGAAGAAGACUCGGGACUACGACAAAGAGAACCAACGAGAGGACGAGAGACGGCGUGAGAUGACAAAAGAAGGCAAGCGCCUGAAAGAGUUCCUGGAAGAUUAUGACGAUGACAAAGAUGACCUGAAAUACUACAGGGGUAGUGCUUUACAGAAGCGUCUGAGAGACCGUGAGAAGGAGACUGAGCUGGAUGAGAGAGACAGGAAGAGGGAGAAGGAGGAGCAUGAUCAGAUCAGACAGAGACUGUUAGCUGAGGGACACCCAGACCCUGAGGCCGAGCUGCAGAGGAUGGAGGAGGAGGCAGAGCGGAGGCGGCAGCCCCCAGUGAAGCCGGUGCCAGAGGAGGAGGUGCAGCAGGAGAAACCAAACCGGGACAGGGAGCACCGAGAGAGGGAGCACCGAGAGAGGGACCACCACAGGGACAGGAGAGGAGCAGACAGGCCUUCUCUCCAGCACCUUCAACCCCAAUCAGACGAUGACUUGGAGGAAGGGGAGGAGCUUGAUGAUUGUGACCGGGAGGACUCAUCAGAUGCCAGGCCAAACCCAAACCUGAAGCCCACGAUGCGGCCAAUAACAUCGGCCCCCUCGGUGUCGUCGGGCAGCGGCGGCGCCACACCCAACUCCCCCGGCAACGAGUCUCCCUGCGGUAUCAUCAUCCCUCAUGAAAAUUCUCCUGAAGCCCGGCCCACUGAAGAACAGCAUCCCAAGAUUGGCCUCAGCCUCAAACUGGGCGCCAGCCCCAACCAUCAGAUCCACACCGGGAGUAAACGUAAGAAGCUGGCCAACGUCGACAGCGUCUUCAACAAGUUCGGCGAGGAGGAGGCCGACGAAGCGCCUCGUAAACGUAAGCUGGUUCCGUUGGACUACGGCGAGGAUGAUAAGAGCUUGGGUCUGGACGGGGCAGAGGUACCUGGAGGGAAGGGAGGACAAAACACAGAGGAGAAACGGAAACACAUCAGGAGUCUCAUUGAGAAGAUCCCUACAGCCAGGCCGGAUCUGUUCAACUACCCUCUGGACUGGACUGCUGUGGACUCGACUCUGAUGGAGCGCCGCAUCAGACCCUGGAUCAACAAGAAGAUUAUAGAGUACAUCGGAGAGGAGGAAGCUACGCUAGUGGACUUUGUCUGUUCGAAGGUGAUGUCUCACGGCACACCGCAGGGGAUCUUGGAUGAUGUUGCCAUGGUUCUGGACGAGGAGGCAGAGGUGUUCAUAGUUAAAAUGUGGAGGUUGUUGAUCUACGAAACGGAGGCCAAGAAGAUUGGUCUGGGGAAAUGAAGACUAGUACUACUACAGUACCACUGUUGUGAGGGACAGUUUAGUUUUUUUUUUCCCUCUGGCUUCAAGUCUCUUUAUGUCUCUGACUGAUCGACUGAUCACACGGACACCUCUCACUCACUAGGGUGUUGAGACUAUGAGCAUGGGCCUAUUACCAGUCCCCAACCCCCCCCCCUCUACUCCCCCAACCCCCUCUACCGCUCCCCCCCCCCCCCCCCCCCAAAAGAUCUCUUUUAAAUGAGUAUAAACUUCCCUGAGUCAAUACAUGUUAGAAGCACCUUUUUGCGGUGAUAUACAGCUAUGUCUUUCUGGGUAAGUCUCUUAAUAAGAGCUUUUCACACCUCGAUUGUACAAUAUUUUGCCGUUUUAUUCUGUUUAAAAAUCUUCAAACUCUUGUCAAGUUGAUUGUUGAUCAUUGCUAGACAACCAUUUUCAAGUCUUGCCAUAGAUGUUCAAGCCAAUUUUAAGUCAAAACUGUAACUAGGCCACUCAGGAACAUUCAAUGUCGUCUUGGUAAGCAACUCCAGUGUAGAUUUGACAUCGUGUUUUAGGUUAUUGUCUUUGCUGAAAGAUGCAUUCUUCUCCCAGUGUCUGUUGGAAAGCAGACUGAACCAGGUUUUCCUCUAGGAUUUUGCCUGUGCUUAGAUCUAGUCCGUUUCUUUUUAUCCUAAAAACAACUCCCUUGUCGAUGACAAGCAUACCCAUAACAUGAUGCAGCCACCACCAUGCAUCAUGUUAUCGGUAUGCUUGUCAUUGGCAAGGCUGUGUUGGAUUUGCCCCAAGCAUAACACUUUGUAGUCAGGACAAAAAAGUUUAAAAAAAAUUGCAGUCUUACUUAAGUGCCUUGUUGCAAACAGGAUGCAUGUAAAGGAAUAUUUUUAUUCUGUACAGGCUUCCUUCUUUUCACUCUUGUCAUUUAGGUUAGUAUUGUGGAAUAACUACAAUGUUGUUGAUCCAUCCUCAGUUUCUCCUAUCACAGCCAUUAAACUCUGUAAACUGUUUUAAAGUCACCAUUGACCUCAUGGUGAAAUCCUUGAGCGGUUUCCUUCCUCUCCGGCAACUGUGUUAAGAAGGACGCCUGUAUCUUUGUAGUGACUGGGUGUAUUGAUACACCAUCCAAAGCCUAAAUUAAUAACUUCACCAUGCUCAAAGGGAUCUUCAAUGUCUGCUGUUUUUAUUUUUUACACAUCUACCCAUCGGUUGAAAAACCUCCCUGGUCUUUGUGGUUAAAUCGUUGCUUGAAAUCCACUACUCGAUUGAGGAACUUUACAGAUAAUUCUGUGUGUGUGGGGUACAGAGUUGAGGUAGCCAUUUAAAAAAAAAAAAAAACAACAAUUUUAUUGAACACGGAAUUAGUCCAUGCAAAUUAUUAUGCGUUUUUUUUGUACUUAUUUUGGCUUGCCAUAACAAAGAGGUUGAAGACGUGUUGAUUCAAGACAACUUUAAAUUCAUUAAUAAAAAACAAAACAAUU